CGAUUAUCCACUUUUCAUCUAUUCUACAUAAAUUAGUGUCAAAAUGACUAUAUCGAGGCAAUCCUCAUAUAUUUAAACUCCAUAGCUUGACUAAGGGUGAUCUUUUUUAAAAAAAAUAGGCUUAGUUUCUGUUACGUCCUUUAUCUGUCUACCCACUUUGUGCAGAGAAUAACUUGUGUAGUCUAGACUAAGACCUUGACGCGUUAGGUUGACUGGCUUAACCUUGAGGCUUGUGUAUGCAUUAGUUCGAAGUGAGACCAACUGAUUGUGAUAAAGAGACUAUUGUACCGCCUGAUUGGCUGACAAGCAUGCGAGUGAGAGAAGAAAAGUCAACUGGAACACCACUCGAUCUAUUUCCAAUUCCGAUCUGGUUCCCGAUUUCAGAUUCGUGUACAAAGAUACAUGAAUAAAUAGAUGACUAACCUGACCACAACGCGCACACCAAUUUAAAAAAUACAAUUAUGUCCCAAACUGGUGAUUAGCAUAGAAAAUAAAGUAAAAAAUAUUACGUUUAAAUUAGAAAAGACUAUGGCAAUGAAUCACAUAUCAAACGAAAGCUUAUGAUCUGUAGAAUAGACUAGGGACAAAAAUAAAUGUCAGUGUUUUGUGUUGGCACCAUGCGUGGACUUCCCAUUCUGAUCCAAUAUUUUCGCGAGAGAAUUGUUACAUCAGACGCAGUGUCUAUUUGCAAUCUAAGCGGGUGCCCAUUAAUAUUAGGGGGUGAUAAAUUUCCUCUCACCUGGGAUUGAGUUCUGAUAGCUUGCUAUUAGACUCAACGAAUUCGUGUUGGAUCUAGGCGUAGGUUUUCUGGUACCUCUGGAGCUGUUCGGCUUCUUUUUUUGGACAAAAACCAUCCAGGAGGAGUUCAGUGUUUUACAAGCUUUGAAUUAAAUGAAAUAACUUCCUGAAAAAUAACUUUCAUAUCUUGUCAAAGCCUCUUAUUUCUCUGUUCACAUCAGAUUCCAAUUAUACUUAUUACUAAUAGAAUAAUAAUAAAUCAAUAUUAUACAAUUCCAAAAAAGAUACGUUUAUUGAUUUAUUUGAAAUCAGUCAAUAAUCAAUUAAAUAUAUUCAAUUAAUCUAUUCAUUCAAAUAAUUAAAUAUUAAAAGAUCUAAUGAAUACAAUAGAUAGUUUAAUAGAAAAAUUUUAUUGGAACUCAAUCUGUAAAACAAUAUGGAAAGAGAAUACAGAUCAAUUGGAUGAAAUUAUUGAUUGGAUCCAUUCAGAAGCGGUUGUAUUGAAUGCAAUUAUACAUAGUAAUAAUAAUAAUAAUCUUAAAAUACCAUCAUAUGAGAAAAUGAUGAAAGUAAUUAAUUUUCUUAAAGAAAAUAAUUUUUGGCGUUCUCAUCCAUAUUCACUGAUUAUUAUCAAUAAUAGAAAUAAUAAUGAUGAUGAUAAAACUGUUGUUAAGCCAAAUCAUCAAUUAUAUAUGAAAAAUAUUAAAGAUUUAUGGGAAAAUAAUGAAAGAAUUCAAUAAUGAAUAUGAAAAAUAGUACAGUAAUUAAAUUGAUAUAAUGAAAAAACUAUUGAGAAUAGAAAUAUGACCAAAUUAAUGUAAGUGUUUAUAUUACUUACUUACGCCUGUUACUCCUAAUGGAGCAUAGGCCGCCAAUCAGCAUUCACCAACUCACUCUGCCCUGGGCCUUAAAUGAGUAUAUUGAUGAUUAGAUAAUUAAAUGUACUUUGUUUUUGUUUGGAAUAUUCCCAUUUGAUUUGUUAUUUAUGUAAAUAAUAAUAAUAAUAGAACUUUUAAGUGUAUUGAAUAUUUCUUACAUUGACUCAAUUUCUUUUCUUUAGAUAUAAGCUUCGAUUAUAUAAAUUUUAAUAUAGUGAAAAUUCCCAUUUUGACAUUUGGUGAAUAAUAAAGAAGGAAUGAAUCGAGCGAAGAGAUUUCUUUUCAAUUAGUUUUUCAUCAGAAUGGGUUUUGUGGAGAUUUUUAGAAAUUUCACUUGUUGAAAUCAUGAGUCAGUUGAAGCUAGAC